CGCUGUGGACGCGACAGGAAACGACAACGAACACUUCCGGUGAGUUACUAUGACAACAGCGGGCGUCCUCGUCCUAACUCGAGUUGUGUUUCCUGCGGUUUCCGAGCGACCGGAAGAGCGAUGAACACAGCAGCAAACAUGGAUUCCGCGUCUUCACCUGCGCUUCUGAAGCUGAGAGUCGAAAACAGAAAGAGAAACGUGUUUGUGACGCAGAUCGAGGAGCACAGGUCAGUUACUGCUGUCGCUCCUUCACCUGCACCUCUCGACCACAGAGAGCAGAUCCACCAGCACAUCCCUGUGAUCACAGAGUCCUCCAGCGGGAUCCUGGCGAGCGGCGUGCACACGCUGCAGACCACACUAGUGCUGCAGAAGCGCGGCGAGGUGGAGGCGCUGGAGGAGCAGCUGAAGGAGACGCGGCAGGAGGUGCAGGGGAGCAUGAGGAGCCUCCAGCGGAGACGAGCCCAGCUCCAGCAGAGACAGACGGAGACGAAACACAGGGCAGCAAAGUUUGAGAAGUUUGUGGAGGAGAACGAGGUGAAACGCCGCCGUGCGCUGAAGAAGUUCCAGAUGGAGAGACAGCAGAAAGAAGUGAAGGAAAAGGAGAAAGAAGAACUCUCCAAACAACUCCAGGACUUACAAGCCAGGCGCCUGUAUUUACAAGAGCGAGUGAACAGAUACAAGAAAUUCGAGGAGUUCCUGAUGAAGACUCUGGAUUUACUUCCAGACAAGUAUCUGGGCUACGGGACGGACCUGGUGACGCCGAUCAUCAGACGCUACGAGACGCUGACGGUCAGCCGGCAGGACCUCCUGCAGCAGUUAUCCCGCCUGACGGAGCAGAUGAAGUCCAGCCAGAGCCGUCUGGAGGCCCGCAGACAGCAGCACAGCACCUUCAAACUGAUGACAAACCAGGAGCUGUCGGAGCGGCAGACGCAGCUGGAUCAACUCAAAGAGAAGAACAAACAGCUGGAGAUGAUGCUCCACAUGCACCUGGGCCAGUCCAGAGACCAGGUGGAGGAGCUCGGGAACAUCUUGAUCGCGGUGAAGAGCCUCGCGGAGCAGUGUCACCUGGGUCACUACGGAGCUCUGGACCUCAUGGACACACACACCAUGAUGGACAUGAUCAAGGAAUUCAUGGUGGAGAAAGCAGACCUGGAGAGGAGAGCCAUGAGACUGAUGGACAGCAGCGCUGCGACGGUGAAGAGAACGACACCGAAGAAGAAGAAGAGCAGGAGCGGGGUGCUGACCGCUCUCCAGACGCUUCCAUAGAUCUCCAGCUGUACACACACACACUCAUCAGAAGAGCUCUGGAUGAAUCAAUGAAUGAAUAAGAGUUC